UUUUACCUUUUUCCCUUGGCCAUUGGGAGGCUAGUACGGUGAAUCUGUAAAACUUGGAAUCCCAAAGGGCCGCCAAUUGGGGAAGUUGCUACUCCUUCUCAGUAUUAGAAAGAUCUCUCUCUCUCAAGUCUCAACGCGAAGUUUCAUCCCCAUGGAGGAAAGUUUUGGAAUGAAACCUGAUCAUUCGAAAGACAGGUUGUUGACAAAGCGAGAAUUUGCAGGAGGAUGCAAACUGUGGAUGUUUUGAAUUUCUGAAAGUGUUUCGUGCUUGCACCUGCCACGAAAAUUGUCAUAAAUAUCCUAUUCAUUUUAUGGAUCCUAGGAGUUUCAUAGAUGAGAAGAGUGAGAGCAGACUAUACAUUGGUAACCUUGAUCUAAGAAUAACCGAAGGUGCCCUUAUUAAGAUGUUUUCUCCAUAUGGGAAGAUUAUAUCUGAGGACUUCUUGUGGCACACUCGUGGCCCAAAACGUGGAGAACCACGAGGGUUUGCCUUUAUCCAGUACAGCAUGAAAGAGUGAGUAUGCAGGAGGCUAAAUUGGCCAAGGAGAAGAUGCAUGGGAGACUAGCUUGUGGUCGCCCUUUGGUGGUCCGUCUAGCUAGCGAGAAAUACUUGGAGGAAGCAGCACACAAUUCUUCCAAAGCUGGAGGUGAGGCAAUCAAAAGUGGCACUGCUGGUAGCACCUCAGGGCAGAUGAGUCGCAGCGCCAAAAUUGCUGCGAUUAAGAACAAAUUGAAGGCCUUGGAUGAAGAGAGAGGUAGUGCAAAGAAGCAGAAAGCAAGCUGACAGCAUUUCUUGUAAGUUGUAACAACGGAGUUGACCAUCCAUCCAGCAUAUGCUACUGAUUUAAGAUAAUUUUUGGUUAGGGCUUGCUCAAAGUUUGAGCCCAAAUUUGAUCCAGUCUCGACCAAUGAACUUAUUUACUGACUACCUACUGUCUGCACAUUUUUCGCUAAAAAAUUCAGAAGAAAAGAUUUGGAAAGAUUCCACUGGAACUUUAAAA